AUGUCUCUGGCUGGUUUACCCAAGGUUCGCCUACUGGCUUCAGCCGUUCUAUCUGUAUCUCUGAUGAUCACGCUUCUUCUGAACUGGCCGAAUACAUUUUACUCUUACCUCGCGCGCCACUCGUAUCAUCAAGGCUCGUCCAUAUUUUGCGUUCUCUUCAGAUCUAUCUCUAGACAUAAGCAAUCUCACCAGGAAACCGAACGUCUGGUCGCAGAUCCUGCACCAGGAAUCACUGCAUCUCCUCAUGACGACAAUCUGAGGUACUUCGAUGUGACGAUUCAAGGGCCGGAAGGAAGCCCUUUCCAGAGUGGGGUUUUCAAGCUCGAGCUGUUUCUCCCAGAAGAGUACCCCAUGGCACCACCUAAAGUCCGUUUCUUGACCAAAAUCUACCAUCCAAAUAUUGACAAACUUGGUCGGAUCUGUUUGGAUAUAUUGAAAGAUAAAUGGUCACCAGCGCUGCAGAUUCGGACCGUUCUUCUUUCUGUGCAAGCCUUACUCAGUGCUCCCAAUCCCGAUGACCCCCUUGCCACAGAUGUGGCAAAGCAUUACAAAGAAAACGAGCAGGAUGCGCAACGCGUCAGUCAAGAAUGGACAGAGAAGUAUGCUAGUGGUUGA